AUGUGCCUGCUCGCCAGCUUGUCUCACCAAAGAUUUCCAAGCCAACGCCUCUCAUCAGUUCCCGGACCAACUUCAACCUCAGGGUAUCCUAACACUCAACCUGCGUCCUACGGACCCGGUGGCGAAGGUCAUGGCAUAUCAUCAAUGCCCGCCCAACUAUCGUCUACGCCCUCUAGCCAAUCCUUUCCGGGCCAGUUAUUGUCUACGCCCUCUGGCCAAUCCCUUCCGGGCCAGUUAUCAUCUAUGCCCUCUAGCCAAUCCCUUCCGGGCCAGUUAUCAUCUAUGCCCUCUGGCCAAUCCCUUCCAGGCCAUCCGGCAGUCCAAGACGGAGCAAUGUCAGCUGGGUCGCCUGGGUCUGCUGGCACUGGCGCAAACGGCGGAAACUCGUAUUCCAGCAGGAUCUUCGACUUUAGGUUGACACCCUACAUGAAAUCCUCUGACCUGGAUAACCCCAGCUUGUCUUUGAGCAAGUUGAUCACGUACGUGGUCAAAGGUGCUGCAAGCCCAUUGCAAUAUGUCUCCGUCUCCCCGCAAACCUCUGAGCUCGAGAUCCAAAUUCGGGAUGACUCGAUCUUUGCCCCAACCGGCGGUUUACAACAAGACGGCUUGAUCAGGCAAACCGAUGUCCUUCCAGCCAUCAACAAAGCUACCACUCUCUCUGGGGUCACAACCUGGUAUUAA